GGGUACACCCCUAAAGUCUCGUUCGACACGUUUGAGAACCCCGCCGCGUCCAUGUUCUCGUUCACGCUCUCCGUCAAGAGCGACGGCUACGUCCGCAACCGCAGCACGCGCGUCUUCCUUUGUGCCGCGAGCGCCGACGACAGCGGGCGCCAGGCGCUCGAAUGGGCCAUCGAGAGCCUCGUGCAGGACGGCGAUGAACUCAUCGUGUUCCGCGGGAUCGACCAAGAGGAGCUCGAGAAAGAUCACGGCAUGGUUCGCGACGACGCGCGCGAGCUCAUGCGCAGGAUACAAGACAAGUGUGUUGAUCUCGAUCACAACCGCAAGCUCUCCAUCGUCGUCGAGUUCAUUGCCGGCAAGACGACACAGACGAUCGACCGGCUCAUCGCGCUGUACCGCCCAGACAGCAUCGUCGUCGGCACGCGGGGGACUCGCGGGAUGAUGCAGGCGUGGGGCGCCGCGUUCGGUGCGCCGGGCAUGGGCAGCGUGUCCAAGUACUGCCUCAGCCAUAGCCCCGUCCCUAUCAUCGUCGUGCGUCCUGAGAGCAAGGUGCGCAAGACGAUCGAGAAGAGGCGGGCGGAUCCGAAGCGC